UCAUCAAGAGGUAUUUUGGUCAGAUAUAAAUGUUUAAGAUGAUAAGCCUCAUCUCUUCAUUAGAUUAUUAGUACAUAAUCAACAUAUCAUUCAUCAAUUAUUGAAACAAAAAAGACCUCUCAAAAAGGCAUGAUACUAAUCACCCCAAAACACAUAUUAUUAUUAUUAUGAGGACAAUAAUAGUGACUUGAAACAAAAACAUUUAAGUAGGUGAUGAACUCUCCUUAUUUAUAUCUCAUCAGCCUGCCUUAUCACUGCCUCAAUCUCCUCCAUCAUCCUUCACUCCUCAAAGCCAAGCUUGAAUCAUGGCAGAACAAGCUGCCGGCCAUCUCCCGCCCGGCUUCCACUUCCUCCCCUCCGACGACGAGCUCGUAAACCACUUUCUCCACAACAAGGUCACUUCCCUCUUCCCCUUCCAUCCCAGCAUUAUCCCCACCCUUGAUCUCCAUCUCUUCGACCCAUGGGACCUUCAUUGCAAAGCUCUCAAUGGAGCAGGAAACUACUGGUAUUUUUUCACUCAGAGAACACAUAACAGAGAAACACCUAACGGCUGCUGGAAGCAGGUGGGAGUUGAUGAGCCUGUCAAGGAAGUUGGUAUUAGGAAAACUUUUGUUUUUAAAGCUGGAAAUGGAUUGGAGGAGAUGAAGAAGGAUUGGGUAAUGGACGAAUUCUGCUUAGUUGAUAGCUUUGGAAGUUCGAGUAGUAGCAGAAAGAGCUCGCAGAAGAAAGGGUAUUCCACAGUAGCAGAUGGCGAUAAGUGGGUGGUUUGCCGAGUCUAUGAGACGUGCUGCGGCUUUCAACCCAGCAGUGAAGAAGAUGGGACGGAGCUCUCAUGUCUUGAUCAGGUUUUCUUAUCUUUUGACGAUUAUGAUGAAGUGAGCUUCCCAAAUUAACAAGCAAGCGUAGGCUUUGGACUUUGUGAUAUAGCUAUUAUCAUGCCCUCCUUAAACAUCUACAUCCUUCUUAGCUAUAUCUCAUCAUGAUUUCCUCUUUAUUUU